UAGAAUACUCAGAUCCAAAUUUAGCGCGGUAUUUUACAGGAGAAAACAGGUGAUCAGAAAGAAACAUCAAAAUGCCAGGCUUGCUGGAGACUUGUAGGAAUUGUUUUGGUACCGACGACUUAUACAAGGUCAUCGGUGUACAAAAGACGGCAGCUGCAGCCGAAGUGAAGCGUGGAUACCAUCGUCUGUCUCUAAAGACCCACCCUGAUCGUGUGGAAGAAGAAAAUAAGGAAGAAGCUACACACAAAUUUCAGACUGUCGGCAAAGUAUACAGUAUUCUAUCAGACAAGGACAAGAGGGCAGUUUAUGAUGAAACAGGCGAGGUGGAUGACGAAGAUGACAUACAGGAAGACAGAGACUGGGUAGACUAUUGGAGACUAUUGUUUCCAAAAAUGGCAGAAGAGGACAUCAAGAACUUUGAGUCUAAGUACAAAGGAUCAGAGGAGGAGCGAGCUGACCUGAAGGAGGUUUACACCACAUUUGAGGGGGACAUGGACCAAAUCAUGGAACAUAUUAUGUGCUCUAGUGUAGAUGAUGAACCUCGAUUAAGAACAAUCAUCAAAGACUUAAUAAAGAAAAAGGAAGUUCCUGACUUUGAAGCAUUUAGUAAAGAAAACAAGAAGAAAAGUGCAUCACGGAAGCGAAAGGCCCAGGCAGAAGAGAAGGAGGCAGAAGAAGCCAAGAAAAGCCUCGGCAUAGGGGCAGACGACUCCCUGCAGGCCCUCAUUCUUAGUAAGCAAAAGGGGCGUGCAGCUCAGGCUGAUGACUUUUUCGCAAACCUGGAAGCCAAGUAUGCUCAACCAAAGAAAGGAAAGGGAAAGAAAAAGUGACUUUUGAGAAAAUCGUUCUGUAGCUUUUAGAAAGUGUCCAUAUACAAAGUUGACCGAUUCGUUGGAUUGCUUUAGACUGUACUCUGUGAAGAAUACCACACAAACCUGAAGUACAUUUGUAAUCCAGUUUUGCAUGAUGACAUUUUAAGUGCGUUUACAUUUCAUGCUGAUCCAAGAUGGCUGGCCUGGCCUCCAAUUGGCUGGAACAAUUCCGAUUUUUGCUCGAGAACAAUUGAAGCAGUUCACUUCAGGCUUGAUACAUUUGAUCCUAGUGAGGUCCUGACAAAGUUUUGUAACUUUCUAAGCCAAUCUGAUGGGAUCCUUGGAUUCUGGUUGGCUGCAACAUCUUCAUCUGAAGAAUGUAUGCGUAUUUUAAGUUCAUAAAGUUAUUUCUCAGAAAGGUGAUUUGUGAGAAAUGCGAGUCUAAUGUACUUGAUGUGCAAAAUUUGUGGUACUGGCAUUUAGACUUUUAGACCAGAUUAUGAUUUUCCAUUAAAAAAUUAAAAAUAGGAUUACCCAAAA